GAAAAAACUGGUAACAAGGUGCCAAUUAGAUAUUUUGUCUUCCUCUUCUUACCUCAACCCCCAACUCUUUUUUUAAUUUAAAUUACACCCCCCUCUUUUUUUUUGCGGUCAAUGUUGAGAACAAUUACCGUUAAGCGUGCUGCACCUAUAUUAGCUCGCCAAGUAAGAGCCAUUCCUUCUGUAGCACGUACAUUUGCUACUGAAGCUACUCCCGACCCAAAUGCCAACCCAAUUACAGGAAAGACCACCUACGGUAACCUUUCUGAUCAAGAUCGUAUUUUCACCAACCUUUACAUGAAGCACGAUUUCAAAUUGAAGGGUGCUUUGAAGCGUGGUGAUUGGUACAAGACCAAAGAGAUUGUUCUCAAGGGUACCGAUUGGAUCAUUAAGGAAAUGAAGGAAUCUGGCCUUCGUGGCCGUGGUGGUGCUGGUUUCCCCACUGGUCUCAAGUGGAGUUUCAUGAACAAGCCUUUGGAUGGCCGCCCUCGUUAUCUCGUUAUCAAUGCUGAUGAAGGUGAGCCUGGUACCUGUAAGGAUCGUGAGAUUCUUCGUGGUGACCCUCACAAGUUAGUCGAAGGUUGUCUUAUUGCUGGUUCUUCCAUGAAGGCCAAUGCUGCUUAUAUUUACAUUCGUGGUGAAUUUUACCAAGAAGCUAACAACCUUCAAAUCGCCAUCGAUGAAGCUUAUGCUGCCGGUUUGAUCGGUAAGAAUGCCUGUGGAACUGGAAUGGACUUUGAUGUUUUCAUCCAUCGUGGUGCCGGUGCUUAUAUUUGUGGUGAAGAGACCAGUUUGAUCGAAUCUAUUGAGGGUAAGCAGGGUAAGCCCAGAAUGAAGCCCCCAUUUCCCGCUGAUGUCGGUCUUUUCGGCUGCCCUACAACUGUUACCAACGUCGAAACUGUUGCUGUUGCUCCCACCAUUCUUAGACGUGGUGGUUCUUGGUUCGCCAGUUUUGGUCGUGCUCGUAACUCCGGAACUAAGCUUUUCUGUGUCAGUGGACAUGUUAACCACCCUGCCACUUUCGAAGAAGAAAUGAGUAUGCCUAUGAAGGAGAUGCUCGAGAAGCAUUGUGGUGGUAUUAGAGGUGGCUGGGACAACUUGCUCGGUGUUAUUCCCGGUGGUUGCUCCGUCCCUGUUCUCCCCAAGAGCAUCUGUGAAGAUGUUUUGAUGGAUUUUGAUGCUCUUCGUGAUGUCCAAUCUGGUCUCGGUACCGCUGCUGUCAUUGUUAUGGAUAAGUCCACAGAUAUUGUUGGCGCUAUUUCCAGAUUCGCCAAGUUCUACCGUCAUGAAUCUUGUGGACAAUGUACACCUUGUAGAGAAGGCACAAAGUGGCUCGAGUCCAUGAUGGAUCGUUUUGAAGUCGGUCGUGGCCAAAGAGAAGAAAUCGAUCAAAUUUGGGAAUUAACAAAACAAAUCGAAGGUCACACUAUUUGUGCUUUAGGUGAUGCUGCUGCCUGGCCAGUACAAGGUCUCAUUCGCCACUUCAGACCCGAGUUAGAAGCUAGAAUGGCCAAGUUCAACCAACAAAACCAAAUCCAACAAUAAUGGAACCGAUCCCAUAAUUUACAUAUUCUAUUAAAUUUUUUGUUUUUCAAAUAAAAUUCACGCAAAAAAAUUAUUAAUAUUUCUACCUGGGUUAA